UCACACUACUUGGAUUGAUUGCACUAAUAUCUGCUCUCAUUUCUGGUAGACCAUCCACUAAAUCAUCUUCAUUAUCUACCACAUUUCUUAGUUAUUCCCGAAAGGUGAAGAAUCCCAAGGAGAUUUCUUGUUUUCAAGCAAGUCCCGAGGGAUUCUCUGAAUAUUUCUAAAUAGGAUAGGAUAAACAUAAACCCUUCCAUUAUUUGUUCUGCACAUCUGUCUCCAUACAUUUGUUUUUUUGAAAAAGGUUUUUGUGGUGAUCAACAAUGGAGUUGGCUAUGUUGGGUUCCAAGUCAUUUUCCUCAACUUCAGAGAUGAUGCUUUCACGCCCUUGUUUUGUUCCACAGCUCUCUUCUUGCAGAGGCUUUUCAGUGAGGGGCUCCUACUCAAGCACUUCGCCUAAUGAGACCACUUCGGCUAGCCCACACCGCGUUCUGGACUCUUAUUCCCGCAGAAUCAGUGGAAUAAGCGCGCCAAUUAGUAGCCUAUUCCUCAAGAAAGACAGAGUUCUCGAUGCUUUUGAUGAUGAGUAUGAGGGAGUUGUAGUGAAUCCAGAGCUACUCCCUUCCAAUCCUCAUGUAUUUGCCUCUGUGCUGCGUUCGUCUUUACACCAUUGGAAACUAAAGGGGAAGAAGGGGGUUUGGCUUAAACUACCGGUCGAAAGGUCUGAACUCGUGCCUCUAGCCGUGCAGGAGGGAUUCGAGUACCAUCACGCGGAGAAAGGCUAUCUGAUGAUGACAUACUGGAUUCCUGAGGGGCCUUGCUUGCUUCCUUCUAAUGCUACUCAUCAUGUUGGAGUUGGUUCCUUUGUUAUCAAUGAUAAAGAUGAGGUGCUAGUGGUACAAGAAAAACAUUCUACUCUAGAUCUUCUUAAUCUAUGGAAAAUACCCACUGGUUUUAUUCUUGAGUCCGAAGAGAUCUACACAGGAGCUGUAAGAGAAGUAAAGGAGGAAACAGGGAUCGACACUGAGUUUGUCGAAGUUGUAGCUUUCAGGCAUGCCCAAAAAGUUUCUUUUGAGAAAUCGGACCUAUUUUUCGUGUGCAUGUUAAAACCGACAUCGACAGAAAUCGUGGUUGAUGAUCUUGAAAUUCAAGCAGCCAAGUGGAUGCCUUUGGAGGAAUUUGUGACACAGCCAUUGAUACAAAGCGACAGUAUGUUCAAGAAAAUAAUAAAUAUUUGCAUUGCGCGACUUGGGAUGCGUUACUGCGGAUUAUCUGUGCAUCAAUUGGGGUCUAGGUUUGAUGGCAAAGUGUCCUCAUUGUAUUUCAACAUGGUUGAAGAUGAUGACUGCGACUGCAGAGUUGAAUGAACCACAAGAUCAAUAAUGAUUUCUCAUCUAUCUUGUGAUACUGACAAUCCGAACUCAUGACCUAUUAAUGGGACCUAAAUAGUCUUUCCAAUAUCUAUCAUGUAAUUAUAUGGACUUGCUAAUAUAGUGACAUACAUAUGUUUGUACAUAAGAAUAUUAUUGAUGGUUCUCCUAUAUAUGCAUAUUUAACUUUUGGGAAAAUUUUAAGUUCAAA